CCAAUGUCAUAAAGAUACACACGUGUAACGAGAAUCUUGCAAUACAUGUGUUUUGCACGAAACAUUGUAAUAAAAAAGAUAAUUAGUUUGGCGAAUUUCAGUAUUAAAAGAAUGGCCAUGAACGAACGAUUGUUACGUUUAGAAACCAAUGCCAUUACCGCUGAAGAAAUGGUUAAAAAAUUAAAAUCUGAGGUUGCUGAAGUUAAAAGGCUAUCAGCUCAAGAGCAGAAUAAGGCAAGGGUGAAAGCACUAGAAGCAGAAAAUGAUCAUCUGAGAAAUGAAAUUGAAGAAUGGAAAAAUAAGUUAAUUAAAUUGGAGAUUGCAAAUGGAAUUAAACAGGUGCUGUUACCUUCCCAAGAUAUGACCAGUAAACCACAAGAAGAUCAGCCUCUGAAGACAAGUGCACUGGCAGAGGACACACCUAAACCAUUGGCUACUAAUGAACCAAAUCAAAAGCUUGGUGAUAAAGCAAAUAAGAAAAAGAAAGAGAAGCCUGCCGAAGGAAAGAGCACAAAGAGUGGAGGUGGAGGGGCCACAUCAGAGGAGCCUCCUGUAGAUGUUGGAAGACUGGACUUGAGAGUGGGUUGCAUCAUAUCGGCAAAGAAGCACCCAGAUGCCGAUUCCUUGUAUGUAGAGGAGAUUGAUGUUGGGGAAGAAAAGGCGCGGACAGUGGUUAGUGGACUGGUAAAAUUUGUACCUGUGGAAGAAUUACAAAAUCGUCAUGUUGUUGUUCUCUGCAAUCUGAAACCAGUGAAGAUGCGAGGAAUAACAUCUGAAGCCAUGGUUAUGUGUGCCAGUACACCAGAGAAAGUUGAGGUUCUGUUGCCACCUGUUGGAAGUAUACCAGGAGAUGAAAUACAUGUAGAGGGUUAUCCUCGAGUGCCAGAUCCUGUUCUCAAUCCUAAGAAAAAGAUUUUUGAGACUGUGGCUCCAGACCUGAAAACGAAUUCAGAAAGAGUUGCAGUGUUCAAGGGAGCUGCAUUCACUGUCCUUGGUAAAGGUGUUGUAACUGCACCCAGUCUUAUAGGAGUCAGUAUUAAAUAACAGUGGUUCUGGUGGUAUAUUGGUUUUCUUUACUUAUACAACUGUAUAUUGUUUCAUGUGCCUUCAAACCAAGUUUUUUUGUUUUGUUUGAAGUUCUUCACAAUGUACCUCAUUGUAAAGCUAAGAAGAACUGCAAAAUAAAAAUCCAAGUGUUUAACACAAUAAAGUGCUGUAAA